AAAUUACAGAUUUCCUAACGGGCCGAAUUUAGGCCCAUUGAUUUCGGGUUGAGGCCCAAAAGGAAACAAAAAGCACCACGCUCUAUAAAUUCAGUUCAACAAUUGAUUUCCCGCCAAAUUGCGCACAUCCCUCUCCUUUUCACACACAGAGACAAUCGCCGGAAGCAAAAAUGCCGAUCUCUUUCAUCGCCGUUCAGUGCUUCGAGUGCUCCACCAUGCAGGUGAAGCAGCAGAAGAAGAGCAGCAACAAAUGGAGCUGCGUGGUGUGCAAUCAGAAACAAUCCGUGCGGAAGGUGUUCGCCCAAUCAUUCAUGGCCAAGGACGUCCGGAAAUUCGUCCAGAAUUUCAACAUGUCUCGCCAAUUAUCCGACCAGCAGCACUCGCUCUCCAACGACGAGUCUCAUAUUAUCGUGGAUGCUCCAGAAAACAAAGAUCAGAAGAGGAAAAGAAAUGAUUGGACGGAGUACAUCGAUAACGAUGGUGAUCAGGAGGAGUACUCGGCAAAAUUCGAGCAAGGGAUGAAUUCCGCACAAGAGGAUGAUGGAAUCGAGCCAAUGGUUGUGACGGAGAUGCCGAAGGCAACCUUCUCGAAGCCAAAAGUGAGCAACUAUUCUUGCAGAGGGGGAAAGCUCUUGAAACCUUCGUUCCCAAACAGAAGGAACAGUUUCAUGACACAAAUUCGAGAGAAACCAGCGCAUCGAAACAUAGCAGCAGGCAAGGACACGGUUUCGAAGUGGAGUAGUUUCAUAACUGCAGAAGACGGGGACGACGACUGUCGGAACUCAAAGAGAGAGGAUGAUCAUCUCUUAGAGUUGUGGAUGAAUGAUGAAAGAGUAGAGGAAGACAUCCAUCCUGAUUUCCUCUGA